ACUGUACAGGGGAAGGUGGCACUGUAGACAAAAGGCUGGAAGCUGAGCUGAGGUUAUUUGUUUCACCAUUACACUGAGUGACUUGGCAGCAGCUCAAUUUUAUAUGGUUCAUGCCUUUAUUAAUUUAGUAUGUUUAAUAAUCAUCUACUGAAAACCAGAACCCAUGUGAGGUACAAAGGUUUAGCAGCAAACAAAAAGGAUAUGAUCCCUGCUGAUGGGAAGCUGGCAUCAUAAUGGUAAAGACAGUUGCUGAAUAAGGAACAUGCGAAAUAAUCUUAAGGUGAUAAGCAUCAUGGUGGCAGAACUGAAGAGAGGCAACAAGCAGAGCUGAGGAGGGACAGGUACAGCCGAGCCAAUGAGAAGCAGCCACAUUUGAGAAAUGGGAAAGUCACAUGAGGGGAACAGCAUGUGCAAAACCCAAGAGAAAAUGGGUUCAAGGGAGGAGACAGUGAGAUGAGUGGGACCUGGACCUUGCAGGUUCAGGGUUGACCAGGGUUUUGUAGCAACCACUGGAGCAUGUAAACAAGAGAGAGAGGCAUGGGACAGUGUUUUGGGAAGGUCACUUUUUUUUUCCCCACUACAGUAGACUGAGCUCAGGGCUUUGUGCAAACUAGGUAAGCACUCUACCACUGAAGUUAUAUUCCAAACCCUUUGUUUUGAGGCAGAUCCUUGCUAAAUUACCCAACCUGGCUUUGAAUUUAUGAUCCUAUCUCAGCAUCCUGAGUAGCUGGGAUUGAAGCCAAAUAAAGGUGGGUGUCACCACCCCCAGUUUGGGAACGUCAGUCUUGCUGUGGAGUGAAUUGGCAGGGGCAGGGUGGAGACACAGGAUCACUGAGAACUGAUGUAGCCAUCCAGGUGAGAGAAUGUGGGUCAAGCCCUGUGGUUGCCAAGGAGAUGUAGGAGGAGGGCCACAUUGCCAUCUGUUUGAGAGGUGAAGCAGUCAGGACCCACUAAAGGAUCAGAGGGGCAGGGGAAAGGGAAGGAAGAGUCAAGGAUAAGGUCUAGGUAAAGGGCUACCAUUUACACUGGUCACUUUGGAAAAGCAAAGCAACUUCUUCCUGCGGGGCUCUGGGCAAGGGGCAAAGACUGAAGGCGAAGUAAACUGAAACCAAAGUGGAUCUGGAGGCAAAGAACUACGACAAACUCGGCCUACCAGCAAGACCGGAGAGGCAUGGUAUAAGCGGGCUCUUCGGAGAACCACAAAGCAUGCUGCUGUGGAGAAUACCGGCCCAGCCAGGGUCUUCAGGACUUCCCUCCCACACAGUGCCCCUAGCAAGGCGAAGACUUAAGCGGAGUGAAGUGUUCCUGUGAAAAAGUUCUGAGGUCUAUACGAAACACAGAACUAUGAUCCCUCCUCAACAGUCUACAGGCCUUGCCAGUCGUGCCGCUCGUGUCGGAGUACCCCCACCGCUUUGCAGCAAGGCUCACAGACCCGCUUCCUUCUUCAUGUGGCGGAGCCCGAGGCACUGCUGAGCCUCGCUCUUGCUUGUCCCUCUGUUAGGUGCACCCUUCAACCCCGUUCUGCUCACAGAACCUUGUCCUUUCUCCAAGUAUCAAUUUAGAGAAUCAAUAUCGGAUUCUUGAAAUCAGAAAGAACAGCCCCUUUCCGACUCUUGACUCCUGCAGCAACCACCUUUGGGAGCUGGUGGCUGCUGCUGGCGUCCGAGUCGGCGCCGGCCCAGACUAGGUGAGGACGAUCGUAUUUCGACCGUGUAUCCCCCGACAGACGCCCAAGAAUUGUGAACGGAAUGUCCUAGGAGGGCCCGCCCCUCCAGCUCUGACUUCCAUCGCAGAGGCAGUUGGCGCCCUCGAGUGCAUCCUCUUGGCCCUGCGCGCUCUGGUGCGCGGCCCGUUAACGCUCCUGCCCAGCAGCCCAGUUCGCAGAAGCCAGGGACGCACCUGGAAGCGGAGGCUCGGAAAAAGGCGCUGGCACCCAACUUCCGGGUCACAUGACGAAGCCGGCCCCGGGAGCGGAGACCCUCACGUGACGGCGGAGCCGGUGAGCGUUUUUCUCACGUGACGGAGACGCCAGAGUGUGGUCCAAUAAGGAAGCGGAGGAGGGGCUGAUCGGGGGCGGUGCGCGGGAAGGGAAGCUGGAGCACCGGCGGUGGCUACUGAUACCGCGCGCUGGAGUGAGCUGCGGCCAGCUCCCCCACCCUCGCCGCUCUCAGCCCCGUUCUAAGCCAAGCCCGGAUGCGGUGCUGGAGGCAGCAUGAAGUGUGUGGUGACGGGCAGCAACGUGAAGGUGCUGGGCAAGGCCGUCCACUCCCUGUCCCGCAUUGGGGACGAGCUCUACCUGGAACCCUUGGACGAUGGGCUCUCCCUCCGGACGGUGAACUCAUCUCGAUCUGCCUAUGCCUGCUUCCUUUUUGCCCCGCUCUUCUUCCAGCAGUACCAGCCCUCUACCCCUGGGCAGGACCUGCUGCGCUGCAAGAUCCUGAUGAAGUCCUUCCUGUCCAUCUUCCGCUCUCUGGCGAUGCUGGAGAAGACUGUGGAAAAAUGCUGCAUCUCCCUUAAUGACAGGAGUAGCUGCUUGGUGGUCCAGCUGCACUGCAAGUAUGGAGUGAGGAAGACUCACAACCUGUCCUUCCAGGACUGUGAAUCCCUGCAGGCCGUCUUCAAUCUAGCCUCGUGCCCCCAUGUGCUCCGCGCUCCUGCACGGAUCCUGGGUGAGGCUGUGCUGCCCUUUCCUCCUGCACUGGCUGAAGUGACACUGGGCAUUGGCCGUGGUCGCCGGGUCAUCCUGCGCAGCUACCAAGAGGAGGAGGCAGAGAGCACCUCCAAGGCCAUGGUGACUGAGAUGAGCAUUGGGGAGGAGGAUUUCCAGCAGUUGCAGGCCCCAGAAGGAAUGGGUAUCACUUUCUGCCUCAAAGAAUUCCGGGUAAGCUCCUCUGUUCUCCCACUACCCACCCCGCCCUUCUGCCCAUCCCAGGCUCUCACUGAUCUUCUUCCCUCCCAGGGCCUCCUGAGCUUUGCAGAGUCAGCAAAUUUGCCUGUUAGCAUUCACUUUGAUGCUCCAGGCAGGCCAGCCAUCUUCAGCAUUGAGGAUUCUCUGCUGGAUGGCCACUUUGUCUUGGCCACACUCUUAGAGCUGGACCCCCCUACACAGGACCUGAGCUCCUCCAAGCACCACCAGCCCAUGCCCCAGCUACAGAGUCACAGCACACCCUACCAGGAUAAUUUUGCCAAUGAUGACAUUGACUCUUACAUGAUUGCCAUGGAAACCACUGUAGGCAGUGAGGGCUCUCGGGCACUGCCCUCCGUUUCCCUUAUGCCUGGCCCCCACUCAGAGGAAGAGGACAACGAAGCUGAGCCCAGUCCAGUGCCUGGGACUCCCCCACCCAAGAAGUUCCGUUCGCUGUUCUUUGGCUCCAUCUUAGCCCCCACACACUCUCCCCAGGGUCCCAGCCCUGUGCUGGCUGAAGACAGUGAUGGUGAAGGCUGAAGAAUGGACCUGAAGUCUGUGUCCUAAAGCUGUGGACUAGAAGCCCCAGCCAGUGUGGCAGGGCUAGGUUUUGGUGCUAGGGGGUGGGGGUGAGAGAAGGGCUGUGCUGGCUGUUCUGUUCCUUCCCAAAAGGCUACCGUUGCUGGCUGUCAAUUGCAGAGCUGCCUGGCUGGCCGUGUCUGACCUCCAUCUUGUCACCCCCGCCCAAUCCUAUAAUCAAUCAUGUCUCUUUCCAGGCCUGGUGCCAAGCUGCCACCUGACAGAAGGUAUCUCACCUGUCAUUUACCAUAGAGUCUCCAGCCCAACCUGCUUAGACUCAGCUCCCUGGGAAAAUCACAGUUAGGGCCGAACUGCUGCUGACCCACCUCUGCUAAUCAUGGGCCGCCCCUCCGUCAAGCAGCACCCACACUCUGGAAUCCCCAAGGCUGGCACAGACUUUCCUGGCUUUCCCAAUACUCUUUGGCUCUGGCUUGAAAUUCUAAGAGCCUCUGGACCUGACUAGUGCCUGGGGUUAUCCUGGCUGGGCCUGUGCCCAGCAAGUUUGACCUCCCAAAUGGCUGUGGGGAGAAGGGCUGCCAGGCCCAGUGUUAAGGAAGAGGGAGACAAGAGGCCAUGGCGAGAAUCCAGCUUUGACUUUUAUUCAAGAGACCAGAUGGGUUGCCCCAGGAUCCUGCUGCCAGCCCUGUGACCGAGCACAGCUGGAAACCCACAGUCUGGCCUGCCAUUGCCCUGAGCUGCAGCCUCAGCCCCAGGAUCCCACCUGCAGCCACCACAGUUGUGGGUGGGAGGAAGCCCUGGGGGAUUGGACGCUGCUAUUGAUUUAUUAAAAAAGAAAAAUACA